AGGGAAGCGGAUUGUUGCAUGGCGUGGUCAUCAUGGAGUGGCUGCAACGAGUGCAGAAAGAGUCGCCAAAGAGUCGAAUUUAACUGCUCAAGAACUCAGGAAUCACGGCCCUGCAAAUGUCCUCUUGAAAUUAAUCCUCAGCUCAAGAACCAGUCAUUUCUAUAUAAUUCACGCUUUCGGUUCAACUGCUCUCUAAGAGGUUUCCCUAAACCUGAGGUACUCUGGACUAAGAAUGGAGUGAACCUUAGUAAUGAAAACACUCUCAUUAUUGAUCGAGUGAAAUAUGAAGAUGCUGGUCAAUACACAUGCAGCGCCAAAAACAGCGAAGGGAGCAAGAACUCAACUUUCUGGAUUGAGGUGGUGGGAGUCUCUCCUCAGAUCACUGAGCCUCCAAUAAAUCAGGCUGUUACCGAAGGAUACUCUGUGAGCUUUAGUUGCCGAGCGUCAGGAAUACCAACACCAAAAUUAGUCUGGGUUUUUAAUAAUAGUGACCUACCAUCUGGUGUCAAUCAAACUGAUCAAGAAGGAGAAUCAAUCCUGGAAUUGCCACGUGUCACAAAAGAGAUGGUGGGGACUUACAAGUGUACAGCAAUAAACAAGGAAAAUACAACGAGUUCUUCGGCAACGCUGCAUGUUUAUGGUCCUCCUGAAAUUAAUCCGCAGCUCAAGAACCAAUCGUUUCCAUAUAACUCAUCUCUUGAGUUCAAAUGCUCUGUAGGUGCAACACUCUCUCCAUUAAUCGAGUGA